ACGCGUCCACAGCGCGGAAAUCCCCGCGGGCGCGGAGCCCGCCCGGCGCCGCCAUGAGCCAGCGGCAGGUCCUGCAAGUGUUCGAGCAGUACCAGCGUGCCCGCUCGCAGUUCGCGCAGGCGGUGGCCAACCUCGCCGCCCGCCCGCAGAGCAUCGACACUCUCCGAAGUGCAGGUGUAGUGCGUUUGCUGAGACCUCUUUUGCUGGAUGUCAUCCCAAGCGUUCGACAGACCGCUGCCUUGGCUCUUGGGAGGCUUGCUGAUUAUGACAUGGAGCUGGCAGAGGCAAUCGUGAAGGCAGGCAUUCUUCCACAGCUCAUAUGUUCAUUGCCUGAGGAGAAUCGUUACUACAAGAAAGCAGCUGCAUUUGUGCUAAGAGCAAUUGCUAAACAUUCUCCACAACUAGCUCAUGCAGUAGUUCAAUGUGAAGCACUGAAAAUGCUGGUGAUUUGCUUGGAGGAUUUUGACCCUGGAGUCAAAGAAGGUGCAUCUUGGGCACUUGGGUAUAUUGCCCGCCACAGUGCAGAACUGUCACAAGCUGUGGUGGAUGCAGGCACUGUUCCUCUUUUAGUGCUCUGUAUCCAGGAGCCAGAAAUUGCUUUGAAAAGGAUUGCUGCUUCAACUCUCAGUGAUAUUUCAAAGCAUUCUCCAGAGUUAGCACAGACAGUAGUGGAUGCAGGAGCUAUCGCUCACUUAGCUAAGAUGAUCCUGAACCCUGAUGCUAAACUGAAGCGUCAGGUGCUGUCAGCUCUAAGCCAAAUAGCAAAGCAUUCAGUGGAUCUUGCAGAGUUGGUGGUUGAAGCAGAAAUUUUCCCAGUUGUGUUCACAUGCCUGAAGGACUCAGAUGAAUAUGUCAAGAAAAAUGGUGCAACUUUAAUUAGAGAGAUAGUAAAGCAUACGCCUGAGCUCUCACAGUUUAUAGUAAAUUCAGGUGGAAUUGCUGCUGUGAUUGAUUGUAUUGGCAGCUGCAAAGGGACUGUCAGACUGCCUGGCAUCAUGACACUUGGUUAUGUGGCGGCUCAUUCAGAGAACCUGUCAAUGGCAGUGAUUGUCUCCAAGGGAAUAUCACCACUGAGUGCCUGCUUGAUAGAAGAACAUGAAGAUCAUAUUAAGGCAGCAGCUGCUUGGGCCUUGGGACAGAUUGGAAGACAUACUGUUGAGCAUGCACGUCAUGUUGCAGUAGCAAACGUGCUGCCCACACUGCUCGAUAUCUUUAUGGACACAAGCAGCUCAGAAGAUCUUAAAAUAAAAACUAAGAAAGCCUUAAAGAACAUUCUUCAGAAAUGCACAUAUCUUGCAGCACUUGAACCACUGCUUCAUGACGCCCCUCCCAACAUUCUGAAGCAUGUUAUUGCACAGUAUAGUAAGGACCCCUUCCAAGAGAGUUUGCUGCGUCUUAUCCAGCCUGGAAGUCACAGUGUGGAGGAGGAAGGCAGGGAAAGGGCCAUAUCCUGUCUCCUUGCUAGUUCCUCCUUGGCAGUUCUUGUUGUGGGAGAUAUGUGAAAACAGACGUCUGUUCAGUUCCCACAACAAAAAAAUCACAGUUGUUCCUGACACUUCUGUGGAGCAUAUAAUAGAGAGAAGUCUCUGUGCUCUCCUGCUUUUUCUUUACCUGUAUGUUGAUUUUGUGCAGCCUAGAGGAACAUAUGAAGGUUGUUUGCCUGUACGCAUGGAAGAAAUCUUGUUCUUUUUCUUCAUCCUUUUUUGAGGCUCUUGUUUUACACUGAAAUACAGUUAAAUUUAUGGCUUAAUGUCUGACCAGUGUGGAAGCUGACAAAAUGCUUUUGCCCUCAUAAUCUGCAACUCUCAGAGUUGGUUUUAAACACAUCUGGUUUUGCUGUAGAUGCAGCUGACAUCUUGCAUUAUCUUUCUGUCUUUUUCUCUCUCUAUUUUUUUUUUAAUAAUAUUGCAGCCCUAUGGGCCUAUGGACUACAUGCUGUCAUUCUCCCUUGCCUUGCCCAGCCCCCACCUCCCUCCCUUCUUUCCUCCCUCCCUCCCUCCUUCCCUGCCGUCCUCUGGACAGAGCUGCAUAUUGGCAUCACUCAGGGAGCACAGAAUGUUAUUGUCUGAUCAUUUCUGCUUCUCAUCCCCUUUGGCUGCAGAAACUUCACGUUUUUGCUUUGUGUGUGUUUGUAAAAGGCUUCCAUGGCUACACAGUGUGUUAAAGGAUUUUAAUAUCUAGGAAUUUAAUAGUAGCAUGUAAUGCUUCAAGGCUGUAUUGUUCACUUGCAACAAUUCUCAGUAUUGUUUUCAUGCACUAAUCUAUACUAGAUCAUUAUAAUGAUAUAAAAUUCAGCUCUACAAUUAAACUGUGGGAAUUGACAUAAAAGACCUGAAUAACUUAGUUUAAGUGGAACAGAUGCUGUUGUUAUUCCAUGUUAGUGUUCUGUUUUUAUUAUCUAUUUAUUCUGCACACUCUUAUUGUCUCUGUAGAAAUAAUUCAAGAAAUAUUAUUUAUGUAAGGAUAAAUAUUAAAUUCAUUAUU